AUGGAAAAUUUAGAGUAAUUGGAGUCUCUUGUAUCUAACUUUUUUUAAUAUUAACAAAACAUUGAGAAUUUAAAAGAGGAUUUAACAAAUAACAAAGAUAUCAGUGAUGAAUACAUUGGUAAAUUGACGUAAUAUUGGUGUGCACGAUAUAAUUGGUUUGAAGCUCCAAAGCAAUUGUUUACUGUUACACAAUAAAAACGAUAAGAAUUUGUUCAUUUUUAACUUGAAAAUGAUUUUCAUGAACGAUAGCUUUUAAUUCACUUCUUUAAAUAAAAAAAACAAUUUGUCAUCUUUUCCUUAUAAACAAUUAUUGGUCAAAGCAACUCUUUAUUCGAAUUCAGUAAAGUAAAUAGGUUUGCAUUAGACACAAUUAAUCUGAUUACCGAUUUAUAGUGUUGUUUUGUAUAACAUUUAAAGUAUGAGAACUCAUUUUAAUAUUUGGAUAACUAAUAUUACACAAACUACUUAAACAUUUUGGAUUAGUACUAAAAUUCGAAAUUAUUUAGAAUGAAAUUCUUAUAGAAUUAAAAAUAAUAACUUCUAUUCCUUCCAAUUCCAAAUUCUAUUGUAAGAUCAAUAAAAAAAUAAUAUACUUCGCAAAUGGUAGAAUUGAAAAAACAAUAAGCUAAAGACCAUAUUUUAGUUUAAAAAGGGUGGUUAAAGAUAGCAACAAACUAUUUGAAAUAAAAUAUCAAAUAAUUGAAUGAUAAAUAUUCUGAAACCUAGAUAACAGAAAAAUUAAAAUCAUAUUAAUAAAAUAAUCAAUUAAUAAAAUAAUGUAUUCAAGAAAUGAAAUAAUUACAUGAUAACAAAAUUUAAGAGGCAGAAUAGAUAUUAAUUAAAUAAGAAUAAGAAAUGAAAUAAUAGCCAAGGGAGCAAUUUGUUAUAUAAAAUGAGUUUAUCUAAAGAUUUCCAUAAUAAAAUGAGGAUCAAUUAAUAGAAAGUCCAUUAGAUAAAAUGUAAUGUUAAUUGUGUAAAAAGUUUGGGAAUAGAAGUGUAAGUGGUAGGUUAUUGUAUGUUGAUGAUGUGCGUUGGGUUCAUACUAAUUGUGUACUCUGGAAUGAAGAUAGCAAAGAAUGUGAAUUAACAGUUAAGGCAUUACUUAAAAAUAAUAAUUUUAAAUGUGAAUAUUGUCAAUAAGUAGGAUCUUCAAUCAUUUGUGGAAAGUGCAGAAAAAGAUGUCAUUUUUAUUGUGGUUAUAAAGAGUAAUGGGCAUUUACUCAUAGCAAAAGAGUAUAUUGUUAAUCUUGUUUUGAUAAUUAGGAAUAGUGUGUUACAAGUUUUAUGAUUUGGAGAAAAAUAGUAGUAUAAUAAAAAUAGGAUAAAAAAUCUUAAACAGUUCUUCAUAGAUAUUCUAAUACAAUCUUGAUUGCAUUGAAGCCAUCUGAAUAGAGAGGAUAAUUUGAAGAAUUGAACUUAUUAACAUUGAGGGAUAAAAUUCUCUAUAUUUCAUUGAACAUGAAAGAAUUCAAAAUUAGAUAUGCAUAAGUAAGUAAGUAACAAUUUCUAAGAGAAUGUGAAAAAAGUGAUAAAAAUAGAUAAUUGCAAUUUUCAGUUACAAAAUUGGUCUUGGAUAAAUAUCCCUAUAAAGAAUACAAAGUUCAAAACUUAUAAGAAUUGGUGGACUCUUCUAAAGAUAAUAAUAUUAAAGGAAUAGAGUUCGCAGAGAAUUUAGGAGAAUUCUUUUUGUUAUACACACAAUAAGUUCGAUAAUAAUUAUUAGAUACUAAAAAUAUAUAAAAAAUGUGCAAUUCUGUUUGCCAGUUCAGUCAAUUUAAAGAAUGGUUUUAUUAAUAAUCUUUUGUCGAAGAUCUUCCUUUGGAUGAAAGAUUGCAAAUCUUAUAGUAAAUCAGUAGAGUUAUAACUGAGACUUAAGUCAAUCUAAAUACUGUGUAUGACAAUCAUCCCAUGCUAUAUGACAACCUUCCAACUAUUAAACAUCAAAAUAGUAAAUUAUCAAGAAAAGACCCUUAAUAAAAAAUAGUUACUUUUAAUCCUAAUGAUAUUUUAGAGGAAGCGAACUUAUUAACAGAAGAAUUGAAGUAAAUUGAUAAACAAGAAGAAUUAGAAAAAAAAUUGAAAUAAGAAUCCAAAAAUUAGAAACAAAAGAAUAAACUUUAUGUUGCACCUUCACAUAUCCAUAAAUAUGGACUUUUCACUAAAUAGGAUUUUAAAAAAGGAGACUUUGUAAUUGAAUACACAGGGGAAGUUAUUAGAAAUGCACUAGCAGAUUAUAGAGAGUUGACAUAUAAUGAACAAGGAUUUGGAGACUGCUAUAUGUUUAGGGCAUCCAAAACCAAGGUAAUAGAUGCAACUUUUAAAGGGUCAGAGGCUAGAUUUCUAAAUCAUAGUUGUCAACCAAAUUGUGAUUCUUUAUUAUUAGAUGAAAAGAUUUUGAUUUAUGCUAGAAAGGACAUCUCAGUAGGGGAAGAGUUGACUUAUGAUUAUUAAUUUGAAAUAGAAGCAGAAUCGUAAAAAAUAUAGUGUAGCUGUGGAGCUAAGAAUUGUAUUGGUAGAUUAAAUUGA